CUCCUCACCCCCACCCCCAGUUUUGUGACGCAACACGAUGCCCCGCCUCUUCCGCACCGGCAGUUCUCUUCUACAAUCGUGCGUGGUCACGUGCUUCGCCGCUCAGAGGAGAAGCGGCUGGAGCGUUUCGGGUCAGCCGGGCUUCUCGUCGCGGGGACCGGCGGCGCACCAAGCCUUGAGCCGCCGGCUCCUCCGCUUUCCGUCCCGCGGCUGCCUUAGCUCCGUCGCCAUGAAGAACCUGCCGUACUUCUGCCGCGGAGAGGUGGUGCGAGGCUUCGGGCGGGGCUCCAAGGAGCUGGGCAUCCGCACAGCUAACUUUUCCGAAGAAGCGGUUGAUAGUUUCCCAUCUGAUAUCUCUACUGGCAUAUACUAUGGAUGGGGUUGUGUUGGAACUGGAGAUGUGCAUAAAGUGGUUUUGAGUAUAGGUUGGAAUCCGUAUUACAAGAAUGUUAAGAAAUCAGUGGAAACACACAUCAUUCACACCUUCAAGGAAGACUUUUAUGGGGAAGUGCUCAGCAUAAUCAUUGUUGGUUAUAUAAGACCAGAACAGAACUUUGAUUCUUUAGAUGCACUUAUAACUGCUAUUCAACAUGACAUUGACGAAGCUAAAAAUCUACUAGAUUUGCCAGAACACCAGAAGUUUAAAGAUGACAACUUCUUUCACAGAGCAAAUGUUCACAGUAUGACUAAUGGUCAUUAAAUAUUUCCCUUUCUUUAUUUUCACUGCAGUUAUUUAAACUGAACUGAUCUUCCCAUGUUUUUAAUAGAGAAGACUGCUCUGCUCUUUAGGAUUGUUAUUCUGUUACAUUACAUUAAAAUGGUUAGUGAUUCUCUAAAAGUAACACUUUUUGUUUUUUCAAAACAAGGGCAAUGUAGCUUGACAAAUAGAAAGUGCAAUCUCUUACAUGUUGUUAGAGCCAUCUAACUGCAGACAAAAGUUUGUUUCCUAAAUGUUUCUAAAUAUUUCUAAUGAUUGCUAUUUAUUUAAUUAAUAAUGCCCAUGCUGGAUAUUUUUGUAGUGAAAGAUUUCCAAUGGAAAAGUAGAAAUGGUAUCAGUAAUUUUACUGCCUGAGUAAUUGUCCUAGUGGCUUUUAAUUGUUCAUUUGAAACAUUAGCUGGAUUCAUUCGAAGCCUUUUUUAAUCACUUUAAAAUAGGAUUUAAGCCCUCUGUGGCUGAAUUACGCUAUUAAUUUCAGUGGGAAUAAAAGCAUAAUUUAAUUUCUUCUGCCUUCAACCGAGAAUUCCUUGAUAUUUAUAUAGCCUAUUUAUUUCACUGUUUUAUCGUACAGUAUAGAAUAGAAAGCCUUGAUCUUAAGAGAGGCAUCUGAACUUGGAACAAACCUUUAUUUUUGCAAAAGCUCCCUUACUUUUGAUGCAACUUGGCUAUUACAAAGCAGCCUUUCAUUUGAUUAAAUGCUCCUUCAAUUUGCUUGGGAAGAAAUGUGAUGAAUUUGAGUCUUUAUGUUGUAUGUCCAGGUAGGCUCAACUUACAAGCACAAUUGGGACCAGAAUGUCAAAGUGGUUGUCAAGUGAUAUGUCAUGUGACUGCUUCAGUUAACCACUGUAAUUGUGGCACUCCAAGUUGUGGUCAUUAAGCAAUCUCAUGGGUGGUUAGGUGGACUGAUUCACAAGGAGCAUGGGGGGACUUUGGGUUAAUGGAGACCCUAGGAGGCUAUGAACAGGCAGUGGGUGAAUUGGGUGUUGCUGUAGGGCAAUGCAAGCCCAAAGAAAGAAGCUGUAGCCACCCCUGGAAGCCACAACUGCAAAAUGCCUGGGAAGUUGCAAGAGCACAGCACAAAACAGCCACCCCUCAUAAACAAAGGGCUGAAUACACAGUGGUGUACAAAGCAGCUACCCUGUAGAAAGUGCCAAUUAGAGGGAGAUAGGUUGGUAGUUGCUGUUACAAUGCCCCUGCAGUCAUAGGCUGCCAGGUGUCUACAAGGCCAGUGCAAUACCUAUAACUUCGGUUGGGGGUCACAAAUCCCUUUAUUCAGUGCUGUUGUAACUUUGAAUGGUUGCUGAACAAAUGGUUGUAAGUCAAGGACUACCUGUAGGUAUGUGUUGUGUGUCUGUGUAUGUUCACAUACUUGCAUAUAUGUAUGUGCAGUCAAUUCUUGUUAUUCACAGAAGUUACAUUCUAAAAGUAAUAAAUGCUGAUUUACUAACUAUUGAAUCAUUGCUUCUAGGGGAAAUGCAAAGUACUUUUGUAGUAUGGGAAAUGAAAUAAAAAGGCAAAGUAUCACUUUAUCAGCCUCAGUGGGAACAUGCAUGUCAGGCGACUCACAUUUUUCACUGCUCUGAGCAUGUCUCCAAAUGACUGCAAAACUGCCAUGAGUAUUUGGCAUUACGUAUACAUUUCAGUGCAUAGGUGAAAUUGUAAAUAUGAAAUCUGCAAAUAAUCAGGAUAAACUGUGCACAUGUAUUUGUGUCUGCAUACUUGGGUUAUAAGCUGCUAUAAAGUGUAUGUGUAUAUAUGCAGAUGUGUAUUAGUAUAUAACUAGCAUUCCUAACAUGUUCCUGUUUCAUAGCUUUCAUAGCAUCUCUGUCAAUAUAGGGAUUUGCUUGUCCAAGGACAUUUAUAUGCUUGGAAAAACAAAACAAAACACCAGAAGCUUAUUACCAAAUUAUGUUUUUUUCCCCUGCUUAUAUUUUUCAUUUUGAUACAUGUUUUUAUGUAAAAUGCAACAAAAAUUCUUUUAAUUAAAUGUUAAUUGGAUUGGUAAAUGUUGGAAAAUGGAAUGUGCAUUUAAUCGAAAAGUCUGAUCUGGAAACAUGUACACUAUGUGUAUGGAGAAUAAAGUGGAAAAUUCAGUUGAUUGCACUUUGAUGAUUUUACAAAUGCAUUAAUGGGUACCAGCUUCUAGGGAUUGUGUAGAACAUUUGAAUCUUAUUUAUCUGUAGGAAAAAGCUCACACUGAAUAUAUGUAAAUAAAUGGAUUAGGGGAAAGACCACCCUAAAUAUAUGUUCGCUGCAUGACCAUCGUGAAUUGGAAGUCUUGUGUCAGUUAAGAGGCCCCAGAUUGUUCAUUUACAGGGAAUCCUGAAUUCUAUUUUUCAUGGUUCAAAUUUUUAUUAUUUCAUACUUUCUUACCAUUAAACUUUAGAGACUUGGAUUCUUCUUAUUUUUAUCUUGGUAAAGUGCCCAUGUUUUCUCUCUUUACCCACUCUGCAUAUGCAGUCCUAGCAGUAUCAAGGCUUUACAGAUAAGGCAGAUAAUCCUCAAUUUAUGACCAUUUGUUUAGUAAUAGUUUCAGGUUCAAUGGUGCUGAAAAAUGACUUAAUUUGCUGUUCUUUGCACUUAGAAAGCGUUGCAGCUUCUCUGCAGUCAUGGGAUCAAAAUUUGGAUGCUUGCCUACCAGUUUGGACUUAUAAUGGUUGCCACAUUCUGUGGUCACAUGAUCACCAUUACUUAAAUAUUUGCUUAAUUACUAGCAAAAAAAGGUUGUAAAAUUUGGUGUGACUCAGUGACCACAUUGCUUAGCAGCAAAAGUUCUGGUUCCAAAUGUCAUAAAUCAAGGACUACCUGUGCAUAUUUGUUUGUAGCUUAUUACAAUCUAGGACUGCCACUCAUUUCAACUUGUGUGCCAAAGAAUAUCUUUUUCAGACUGCUGAUGGGCUGUGUACCUACAGGUAGUCCUCAAUUUAAAACAGUUCAUUUAGUGACCGUUCAAAGGUACAACAGCACUGAAAAAAGUGACAUGACCAUUUUUCACAUUUGCGCCAUUGCAGCAUCCCCAUGGUCACAUGAUUAAAAUUCAGGUGCUUGGCAACUGAUUCAUAUUUGUGACGGUUGAAGUGUCCCAGAGUCAUGUCAUUGCCUUUUGCGACUUUCUGACAAGCAAACUCGAUGGGAAAACCUGAUUCACUUACCAACCAUGUUACUUAACAACUGCAGUGAUUCGCUUAAUUGGGGCAAGAAAAGUCAUAAAAUGGGACAAAACUCACUUAACAAAUGUUUUGCUUAGCAACAGAAAUUUGGGCUCAAUUGUGGUCACAAGUUGAGGACUACCUGUAUAGCCAUCUCCAAAAUGUUUCAGUGCAAAGAAAUCUUUUUAUCUGGGUGGGACGUCUCAACUGUGUAACCUCCUGAAUCUUGCAACUUUCAAAAUGCUUUUGUUUUUUACACAGUUCAGUAAUGAGUAGAACUGGGGGAGGGAUUUCUUGUGUCAGCAAAAAAAUUGAAGUUGUCUUAUAAGCAAUUUGGGACCACAAUAAUUGGUAAUAAAGUUAACAGAUUUUCAGCACUGUUGUUUUUCCCUCUUCCUCCUCAUGCUCAGCAUGUGGCCUUACUAGCUCCAUAAAUACGAAUGUUAAGAGAUCCCAGACAUAAUUGAAUAUACUGUUGGCAGUGUAUAUUUGUCAAUUGUUUUGUUACUUUAGAAAGUGCCUUCUGACAGGGUUACUUUGUGAGACAAAUUGCUAACCUAUCAAUCAUGACAUGCAUAUAAAUGAUUGUUUAAGAGAAAAUGUCACUGACAAAACACAAAGUUUUGGAAGCAGCAAGUACAAACCAGGAAUCAAAUAUAUUGAACAGCAUAUGGAAUCAAAUGAACAUGUAUUGAAUUCUGCCUUUUUAUAUAUAGAGAUAAGCAAUUUUAAAUUUAUCAUUGUGAUUUUAUUAAGUUUUAUUUUUCUAUUAAUUUCAACAAAUAAAAAAAGAAAGAAAAGCUA